CCUGCUGGCGCGAGGCGGGUGCGGGGCGCGGGGAGCCGGGCGGGCGCCCAAUCUGUGCAGCCCAGGCGGGAUCCUCUUCCGCUCACUCUGCCCCGGCGGCUGCUGCGGGCGCGACUUCCGCGGAGAGCGCGAGGAAAGCCGCGAAGCGCACGCCGGGCCGCGGUAGAUGCAACAAAUGGGGGGAGCCAAGUUGCUUGGCGCGGCCUGAGGACCCCGCGCUGCGGGAGGGCUCCGCGGGGCGCGCGGCUGUGCUCGGGCAUCGCUUGUCCCGCUGCACGGAAGUUGGCGGGUGGAGAGGUGGAGGCGGCUUGCACACCUGCUGCUGCUCAGGAUGCGGAGGGGAGCGCGGCCGGGCCGCCGCGGCCUCGUCCCCCGGGCCUGAGCGCGCCCGCGCCGCCGGAGGUCCUGGAUCCCCGGCCUGUGGCCAUGAGUGCUUUGUGAGUCGACGGCGCUGGGAGUCGGGGCCGAGACCGCGGGAGGUAAUGCUGACUCUGUUUUGAGUGGCCUGGGGAGAGUGAAGAAGCCCCAAGAUGGAGGACUUUUCUACCAGGACCUACGGCACCCGGGGCCUGGACAACAGACCUCUCUUCGGAGAGACGUCGGCCAAAGAUCGAAUCAUCAAUUUAGUUGUUGGCAGCUUAACAUCCUUACUGAUUCUAGUAACGCUGAUCAGUGCUUUUGUUUUCCCUCAACUACCUCCAAAACCACUGAAUAUAUUUUUUGCUGUCUGCAUUUCUUUGAGUAGUAUUACUGCCUGCAUACUUAUCUACUGGUAUCGACAAGGAGACUUAGAACCGAAAUUUAGAAAUCUCAUUUACUAUAUCUUAUUUUCUAUCAUCAUGUUAUGUAUAUGUGCGAACCUGUACUUCCAUGAUGUGGGAAAGUGAGGCUGCCAAGGAGAAGUCCUUACCAGGUCUUUUCAAAGCUAUAUGUAUUAGGACUGUGAAGAGAAGCUGGAUAAGGACUGCUGAAGAAUUCCUGCAGACAUCUGGUACAUGAUUUUCAUGUUAACUGUAAAUCUAAAUUCCCUCUUGUGGGGUAAACAUUUAAGGAGCUGAUGUUAUACUUCAACAUUCCAACCCUUAAAGCUCAAACAGCACAAGUAAUUUUCACUUUCGAAAAUAAAAAUUUUUAUAAUGUAUGCAUGGUGAAAGGCUAUGUACCAAACAAUCUUGCAUUUUAAGACAAAUAUUCUUUUAUUUCUGUUAAACUGAAUAUAUAAUUGUUCCCUAGGCAACCAACUUUUGCUUAUAAGUACAAUGUAAUUUCACAUUAACAAAACACAGAUGGUGAAAAGACAACUUUGAUUGUAAAGAUCUAAUUACAAUAAUAAAUAAAAUAAUUUAUACAA